CAAACGUCUAGAAAGACUAGAAACAUGCUGAGAAUCCUGCUGUUGAGUGUGCUGGCGACAUUAGUGCUGGCUGAGCCCAGAUAUUUGGAAGAUAUAGACAUUGAGGGAAGGGUUGUUGGUGGAGAGGUGGCAAAACCCAACUCCUGGCCUUGGCAGAUCUCUCUCCAGUAUCUGUCUGGAAGCAGCUACUAUCAUACCUGUGGUGGAUCUCUGAUCAGACCAGGAUGGGUGAUGACCGCUGCCCACUGCGUUGACAGUCCUAGAACUUGGCGCGUUGUCUUGGGUGACCAUGACAUCUACAACCAUGAGGGUCGCGAGCAGUAUAUAAGUGUCAGCCGUGCUCAUAUCCACCCCAACUGGAACAGCAACAGUUUGUCUUCUGGAUAUGACAUUGCUCUUCUGGAACUGUCCAGCGAUGCUUCUCUGAACUCAUAUGUGCAGCUGGCCGCACUGCCACCCUCUGGACAGGUUCUCCCCAACAACAACCCUUGUUACAUCAGUGGCUGGGGCCGCACGCAGACUGGUGGGUCACUCUCUGCCGAGCUGAAACAGGCAUAUCUGCCCGUGGUGGACCACGAUACUUGUUCCCGCAGCGAUUGGUGGGGAAGCACUGUGAAGAACACCAUGAUUUGCGGUGGCGAUGGCACUCUUGCAGGAUGUCAUGGUGACUCUGGCGGUCCUCUGAACUGUCAGGUCAGCGGUCAGUAUGUCGUCCAUGGUGUGACCAGCUUUGUGUCAUCAGCAGGUUGCAAUACCAACAAGAGACCAACAGUCUUCUCUCGUGUCUCUGCCUACAUCAGCUGGAUUAAUGAUGUCAUUGGGAAAUGAGAUAAUUGAAAGACAAACAUCAUGUUUAAAUUUCAACAUUUGCAUUUGCCAGAAACACAAUAAACAUCAUCUAACGUUGAA